AUACAAGCUCGAGCUUGUUCAUAUAUACCUGGUGUCAGCUCUGUCGACAGGCAAUGCUCCCUGUCCCAACUCCAGGUAUGCAUAUCCUAUUUCCGUGCAUUAGCUAUCAUCGACGAUGCUAAUGCUUCCUUUCCCGACUCCAGGAGUAUUCUUUCGAAGCCUCAUAUAUCUGUGUUGUAUUAUUUCGACUACUUCAUCCGAUACUAGGCUUUUAACUCAAAGCCCCUAUCUCCAUCUACAUAUCAUCCUUCAUGCCUGAUCAUGGGAAUGAAACCAAUCAUGAAGGUGAUGACGAAUCACCUUCCGAUACAUCUCAAAGACACACCAUUUCCUCUGAAAUUGAAGCAUCUAAAACAGAUGAAAUUCGAGAGCAAGCAGAAGCUUUACAAGCCCUUGUCAAUGAAGCUUUGCGAGGGGAACUUGAUGAAAUCAUGCUGCAGUCCCAACUUGCAGAACUUCAUACUUCUCCUGAAGAAGCUCAAGAUGUUCUCGAUCAAGUCAUUCAGCAACGGCAAUCUAAUACUGAUCAAGAGGCUGAUUCAUUUGGAAGAGAAACAGAUGACACUGAAUGGAAUGAUAGGCUACAAAAUCAAGCCGACUCAAUCGCUUGGGCCAUCUUUCAAGGUAAACUUGAUGCAGCCCGAAAACUUUCAGCUAAUUCCGGCUCAUCAAACCUUGAUGCUCUCCGUUCUCUGUUAUCUCUUCCCUCAUCCUCUUUCGUUAACUCAGGAGCUAUUCCUCCUGUGGUCCUCUCUGGUGCACCUUUUCUGGCAAAGCAAUCCAAGCCUCCCGCAGACAGACACAUUGCAGAGACUUUACGAUUACGAUGCCUUUAUCGCACUGAAAAGGCCGCUGACUCCAUUAUCGACUCUUUGCAACAGCACUCCUCCCUUGACGAACUGCUAUCUCGUUCAAUCUGGAAGGAUAUUGUUGCAGACAAAUAUGUUGAUUUUGAAGUUCUUUACGGAUUGUUGGAGUUCGGGCACGACUAUGAAGAUGAACCGAAAGAGUUUCAUGAUGAUUAUGUCUUGGUUAAGAAAGAGAAUUGUUCGAAGAAGAAAUCCAUUCGGAGUGAAGCUGAUUGGAUCCGUCUAUAUGGUGCCUGGGAAAAUGCUGUCAAACUCGUUUAUCCGCAUUGGAAUGAGGAGCUCCAUGAGUAUCGUCGAAUCAUUAUCGAAAUCUUUCGUGCUUGCGCAAAUGAACCUUACAUUGCAAUCACCACUGACCAAAUGGUUCGACAACUUUACGCUCACGCUCCCUUUCACCUCGAUGAUCGUCAGAAAGCUCAGGUACCUCUUAUGUCGAAUCUUCGAACACCUUCCAUUCUGAAGCAUCCAUUUGACAAUUCAAUCCCUGCGAGUCUCCUUGUUUCUGGAAAUGAAGACAUGACACUUGCUCUGAAUGUGGAGCCUCGCAUCGAGCCCAAGACUCCGCCAAUUGCUUCGCCUCCCUCUCUAACCGACGCAGAGAAAGACAAGUUGGUGGAAGCUUCUGAACGCGUGAGCAAAGCAACAGAAGGACCUCGUCGUCUAGCGGAGAAACAAAAGGCCGAUGAAAGUUUCGAGCUUCCAAGAUAUCAUCGUGGGUAUGGUUGGGCUAAUUCCGUCAAGCCAUUCAUUUCACCUGCCGCCUUCUAUUCUGAAACUGCUCCUCCAUUACCUAUGCUCCCCGAUCAUUUAAUAAAUAACCCCAAAAUACGUGCUGCUCUUGACUAUUACGCUAAUGACAUAAAAGUUGAAACACCAUUCAAUCUUCUGAUGCUCGAAAAAUAUCUUGAAACUCAUCCAAAUCGCCCACUAGUCGAUUCAGUUCUUUGGGGUCUUCAUUACGGUUUUUGGCCAAUGGAUGAAGGAGGUUGGAAUUUCGAUGAAGACAGCAUUAUGGAUAACUAUCCCGCCGAUGAAACUGACUUUGAAGUUAUCAAACACUUUCAAGACAAAGAACUCGCUGCCGGUCGAUGGUCUAAUCCAAUUCCUACCCUUCUCCCAAGCAUGAAAAUCUCACCCAUGUUUGUAAACUGGCGUGAUCCCGUGAAACCCCGUGUUGUUACUGAUCACACCACUUCUGGAUUGAAUGACGGAAUCCCGAAAACUGAAGCAAAAGUCCGUUACGAUGAUAUGCAUGACUUUGGACAAACACUACAUGAUAUACAUCAGCAAUUUCCCAACAUUCCUUUCAUUCUUUACAAAUCUGAUGUCUCUUCCGCAUUCCUCAAUCUCCCAGCUCACCCAAUCUGGCAAUUAUGCCAGAUUGUUGUCGUGGAUAAAGACAUGCACAUCAUUCAUCGACUUGUUUUCAGAAACCGAGCAUCGCCUCGCAUUUGGUGUGCUCUGUUCAGCUUACUCUGCUGGAUUGCCAUUCAUCACUUGCACAUCUCCGGCAUUUUCGUAUACAUGGAUGAUUUCUAUGGCUGGGACUUUGCCAAUGAUCUUGUUUCCUUUCACAACCAAUUGCGCCCGCAUCGUCAAGUCACUCUCCUCAAAUUUUGGGAUGAAAUUUCCUGUCCGUAUGAAGACAAGAAGCAAUUACAUGGGCCUGAACUCAAGAUCAUCGGAUUCUGGAUAGAUAUCAACCGUGGAACAAUUACCGUUCCAGCCUCAUCAGUUCACAAUGCCAUCAACGCUAUAAAUGCUUUCGUCUCACGUCGAUUUGCCUCCCUUCAUGAUUGGUCCCACCUUGCCGGACACCUUAACUGGAUUCUCAAUGUUUUCCCUCUUGCUCGCCCAGCCCUCACUGAAAUGUAUCGGAAGAUGAGUGGAAAGAAGCGACCAAAAGGCCUCAUUCCACUUAAUCGCGAAGUCAUCACUGACCUUACCUGGUUCCGUGAUGUCCUGCCUCAAGCAAUAGGUGUCCAUUUCAUCGACAAUGGCCGGUGGCCCGAUUCAGUUGCAGAUCUUACUAUUCAGACAGACACGACCUUAUCUUUAGGCAUCUCCUUCGUAUAUGACAACCAAGCAUUUUGCUAUCAAAUCCGGCCAUCAUCUACGAAGAUCAUUCCAGACAUCUUCUUCUUAGAAGAGAUCGGGGUUCUAUCAGCUAUUCACCAUGCUGCCACACUUCCAUCGCCACCACGGCACCUUCUCAUCUACUGCAACAAUCUUGAUGCCGUCCAGUCGUUCAACGCUAUGCGAGCUACUGAACCCAUGCAUAAUGCACCCCUUCUCGCGACUGCUGAAAUUGUCCUUCGUACUGGUCUUGACUUCCGUGUUCAUCAUAUUGCCGGUAAAGACAACACUCGCGCCGAUCUCAUAUCUCGCCUUAUGUUUGACGAGUAUAACCACAAGUUCCCAAAUCAAUGCGUCCGCUCAUUCUCUCCACCUAGAGAGCUUCUGCCGGCGCGAUGGAGGGAGUGCUUUUGAGCGCGCUCGGCGAGCAGGCUCCAAACUGCCUGUAUCCUGCUCGCCGGCGACGUCCUUGUUCCUUACAGGCAAUCGAUCACUGUGUCUCAUUCCUGCAAGCUCACUCUAUCGAGGAUUCCACCAGAAAAGGUUACCGCACUGGUGCGAAAGACUAUAUCAAAUUCUGUCUCCAGCACUCCAUUCCGCUAGAUCCCACUCCCCAAACUCUCGCUCGUUAUAUCGCCUAUACAUCACAGUUUAUC